GAUAUCAGUGUCUUAGCAUGAUACAUAUCGUAUGCUUUGAGUCUCAGCAUAUAUAUUUUGAAUGAGCUCUUUAUGAUUAUAGGUCUCUUUUAGGGCCUUUUAUUAAUUACUCCCUCCGUUUUAACUUGUUCUUCCCAUUUUGGAACUGUCCGUUUCUGUCAUGCCUUCAGAUAGAACACAGACAUGUGCAGUACUGCAGUAGGCUGCCAACGGAAAGCCAAGGUACGUUGAUACAAUAUACAUACCUCAGUGGUCAGAGAAAUGUGGAAAUUCUAACAGAACAAAAUCCUGCAGAUAUGUGGAACUGCUGAAAUCAGUGGUCACGUUUUAAUUGUUUUGUUUGGUCAAUUAUGUACUAUUAAUCACAUGUGUGAGGAUCUAUAAUGAAAGAGAAAGAAUGAAAAUGGGACUGUCAAAAGAUUAGCAAUGUGGAUGGUCAAAGUUUCUACUCUUUUCGUCUAAUAAUAAUAAUUUUUUUUUACACAACCAAACAUAUUCUACAAAACUUUUAUUUAAGGGCAGAGGGAAUACUUUGUUUGGUCUAAAGGUAUAUUGUUGAUUAUGAACUUCUUUGGUUCCUUUAAAUUUAACUUCUCUAACUUUUAGCAAUUGGUACAAAAGAAUUUUGCAGUACGAAGUAUAUACUAUCCUAUAGAAGUGAAUUUUGUUAAGAAAUAUAUAUUGAUUUAAGUAUUGUGUCAUUCACUUUAGGUAAGGUGGCUUAUGUUGACUUUUCUGCUGAAAAUUAAGUAUUCCACCAGCUUUUAAAUUUGGUGGCUCUGACCAUCAUGGGUUCUUUGGGUGCUAUGACUGCUAUCUAUAUGAUCAUUGCUGUGAAGUUUUUUAUAUAAUUAAUGCAUCGUUCAUAUUUUAUAUGCUGUCCAUUUCAUGCUAAAAAAAAUCUUGGGAAUCAUGUUUUCCUACUUGUUUCAGCUCAUCAUUGUAGCUCUGUGUUGGGUGCACCCAUUGUUGACGGCGGCAUUACUGAUAACAGCUGAUCCUCCCAUAGCAAAGCCUGGCUGUCAGGAUAUCUGUGGGAAUGUGAGCAUUCCAUACCCUUUUGGAAUAGGGGUUGAUUGCUACUACAGCCUACCAUACUCGGUUACUUGCAAUACCUCUUUGUUGCACCCAAAACUUUUUCUGAAUAAAUUUAACCUUGAGGUUGAACAGAUAGGUAUUCAUACUUCGGUUCAGAACACUAUUACAGUAAAAACUCCGCUGCAGAGGACCUGCAGCAUCCUAGAUACAAAUAUAAGCAGUAUCGAUCUUAGGGGAACUCCUUAUUUGUUUACGGCAGGGUACAAUUCUCUUUUUGUUGGGGGUUGUGGGAGUAGCACCCUCUUGUUAGAUAGAAGCAAUAAGAUAAUAGGAGGGUGUGCAACAGUUUGUGAUAAGAGUCCUAUGAUAACGAAUGACUGCAUUGGCCGUGGGUGUUGCAGCUUUAAUCUUCCUUCUUCACUUGACUUUUACAGCGUGAACAUUUUCAACUUUGGUAAUGGUACUAAUGACUGCACAAGCACCAUGUUGAUGAACAGAACCUCAUCAAUUAUCAGUGAGGCUGUAGAUCCAAGUCUCUCUAAGUUUGCAGUAGUCCCGACAAUACUGGAAUGGACACCCGGAAACAUAACAAUGCCUGCUGAUGACACAAACAAGAAUUGUCAAGGCCCUCCAGAUAAGUAUGAUUGCUACUGCAAUUAUGGAACUUUUGGGAAUCCUUAUCUUCCGUAUGGAUGCCAAGUUCCUAAAGAAUGCAAGGAAUGUAAGUUAGGGUGCAUCAAGCAAGGGAAACAUUAUCUCUGUGUCCGAUACAACGAAGAUAAAGCUUAUACAUGGCUGGUCCUUCUGGUUCUUCUUGGUGGUUCAAUCAUUGGCUUAAUGUUGUGUACUGGAAACAUAAGCUGCAUAUAUCUUUGUAUUAAGAAACGGAAGCAUAUGAAAAUGAAAGAGAAAUUCUUCCACCAAAAUGGUGGUUUUUUGUUGAAACAACAGCUUUCUUUGAACCAAGGCAGCAAUGAUUCAACAAAAAUAUUUACUACUCAAGAGUUGAGGGAAGCUACCAACAAUUACAGUAAGCAUAAUAUUCUUGGACGUGGUGGUUUUGGUACUGUGUAUAAGGGGAUUUUACCAAAUGACCAAGUAGUUGCAGUAAAAAAAUCUAUGGUAAGUGACCAGAGUCAAGUCGAGCAGUUCAUCAAUGAGGUGGUAAUCCUAACCCAGAUUAACCACCGAAACGUGGUUAAACUCUUAGGAUGUUGUUUGGAGACUGAAGUUCCCUUGUUGGUCUAUGAAUUUGUUUCCAAUGGAACUCUUUUUGAUCACAUACACAAUAAUGGUGUACGUUGGCUUUCAUGGGAAAACUGUCUGAGAAUUUCAACUGAGGCUGCCAAUGCAAUUUCGUAUCUGCACUCUGCAGCUUCAAUGCCCAUCAUCCAUAGAGAUAUCAAGUCUUCCAACAUUCUCUUGGAUGAUAAUUUUACUGCAAAAAUAGCGGAUUUUGGAGUCUCCCGGUUAGUUCCCAUUGAUCAAACUCAAGUUACCACCCUGGUUCAAGGUACAUUUGGGUAUCUUGAUCCAGAGUACUUUCUGACAAGUCAUCUGUCCGAGAAGAGUGAUGUCUACAGCUUUGGAGUUGUUCUGGUUGAACUAUUAACAAAGAGAAAACCAAUUUCAUGGGAGACCGGACUGGAAGACAGAAACUUAGCAAUGCAUUUUAUUAGUGCAAUCAAGAACAAUCAGUAUUUUGAUAUCCUUGAGCCUCAACUCAUGAAGGAAGCAUCUCCUGAGGAGCUUAUUACUGUCGGAAAUCUUGUAGCCCAAUGCUUUAGUGUAAAAGGUGAGGAUCGGCCAUCCAUGAAGGAAGUUGCAAGUGUGUUAGAUGGAUUGUGUAAGCAGACACAGGAUCAUCAGUCUAUUCAAGGCAACAAUGAGAUCCAUGGCUUAUUAAGUGAACACCGGCCUUUUCAGCCCUCUACAGACCAGAAUUCUUCUUGUCAGUUGACUUUUGAGAAGGAUAUGAUUAUUGAGAUAUGCUCUCCUCGCUAUCGCUUUGGAUCACAAUUGAUCCUUGGAAGAUGGUUCAUGGUCUUCGGGUGUAUCCUGAUCAUGACAGUGUCAGGUACAGGAUACAUGUUUGGGCUUUAUUCAAACGACAUAAAAACCUCAAUGGGUUAUGACCAAGACACUCUAAAUCUUCUUAGCUUCUUCAAGGAUUUGGGGUCUAAUGUGGGGGUGUUAUCAGGCCUCAUCAACGAGAUCACCCCACCUUGGGUUGUCCUGUUUAUUGGAGCCCUUAUGAACUUUGGCUACUUCAUGAUCUGGCUUGCUGUCACCGGCCAUCUCAAGCGCGUUCCUGUAUGGCAAAUGUGUCUUUACAUUUGUAUAGGAGCCGACUCACAAGCCUUUGCCAACACGGGUGCUCUGGUAACUUGUGUCAAGAACUUCCCUGAAAGCCGAGGAAUAGUGCUAGGACUUUUGAAGGGCUAUGUAGGUCUAAGUAGUGCAAUCCUUGCACAACUUUACCAUGCCUUUUAUGGUAAUAAAUCUAAAGACCUUAUUUUGUUCAUCUCUUGGCUUCCUGCAGUUGUUUCCAUGAUUUUUCUUCGAACUAUAAGAGUUGUGAAGGCGGAUCAAGAUCGACAACAGAAUGAGGUUAAGGUCUUCUAUAAUCUGCUCUAUAUAUCACUCUCACUUGCAGGGUUUCUAAUGGUCUUGAUUAUAGUGCAAAAUAGUCUCUUGUUCACUAGGGCCGGUUACUAUGCAAGUGCCUUGGUUGUUAUUUUUCUUGUCUUUCUACCCCUUGUAAUUUUUGCAAAAGAAGAGUACUCCUACCUUGCAAGUCAAAGCAAAAGAAUUGAUUCACCUCUUGAAGUUGUUGCUGAACAAAGGGAAGAACAACCGCGAAUAGAACCCUCGAAUGAUGACCCAAAGGACAACCAAGGUACUUGCCUAACCAACAUAUUCAAGCCACCAAACAGAGGAGAAGACUACACCAUACUCCAAGCCCUCUUUAGUAUUGACAUGCUCAUCCUUUUUGUGGCUUCUAUUUGUGGUCUAGGCGGGACCCUAACCAUGAUUGAUAAUUUGGGCCAGAUAGGGAGUUCUUUAGGCUAUCCAACUCGAAGCAUAAACACAUUUGUCUCGCUAGUGAGCAUAUGGAACUACCUAGGUCGAGUCACUUCUGGAUUUUCAUCUGAGAUAUUUCUAAAAAAGUACAAGUUUCCAAGACCCAUGAUGAUGAGUCUAGUCCUACUUGUUUCUUGUGUGGGUCACCUUCUUAUCGCUUUUGCAGUCCCUAACUCACUCUAUAUAGCAUCAGUGAUCAUUGGGUUUUGCUUUGGGGCUCAAUGGCCUUUGGUUUAUGCUAUCAUAUCGGAGAUUUUUGGGCUCAAGUACUACGCCACACUCUACAAUUUUGGGUCCGUGGCUAGCCCAAUCGGGUCGUAUAUUUUCAAUGUGGUGGUCACAGGCAAACUUUAUGAUAGAGAGGCUUUGAAACAAUUGAAUGACAAGGGGUUGGAAAGAAAAUUAGGGGAAGAUUUGGACUGUAUUGGUGCAAACUGUUUCAAGCACCUUGAACCAAUACCAAAUGGAUAUGGAAUAGUAACAUCUCCGCAUUUAUCUGGACAACCAGGUUUUGCCAUUGGUGGAGCUGCUUCGACUAUAUCUCUUGAUAGCCAUAGGACAAGUGCCAGUGUUGCAAGCAUCAUAUCCAUGGUUGUCACCUUACUACUACUACCCAAAUCACCUAUAGCAAAGUCUGUCGUUAAUAAUAUGAACGUGCAAGAUGAGGUCGAUCAUGUUCUGAUCCAUGAGUGGAUAGGCAGUUCAUUACGAAAAUGGUAUAUUGUAUUGGAAUUGCCCAGAUUGUCUAACCUCUUUUCUGACCAAAAGAUUAUGGCAGAUGUGAAGGAUAACGAAAGGAACCUGGAGCCAGUCAUGAUUUGUCUUUCCACAAUUCUCAAGUUGGAAAUCAGGUUUAAAUUUAGUAUUACAGACACUGAUAGUCUGAUACAUAGGUACACUUACAGAACCUUUGGCUUUUCUGGGCUACUAUUUUCUAUGAAUAUAUUACGAAGUCUUUCUGGAAGAUUGUAUACCAAUUUGAAUUUGCUAGUAGGUGAAUUGGGUGGUAAGCUGGCAAUCAUGGAUAUGAUGCUUGCAACACUGGCAGUUGUCCUAUGGCUAUCAAGAGAUAUAGUAGUCGCAGCUCCACCAAUGGCAAAACCUGGUUGUCCAGAUAAGUGCGGAAAUGUUACUAUUCCGUAUCCAUUUGGUAUUGGUUCAAGGUGUUAUUACAAUGAAUGGUAUGAAAUUACAUGUAACACUUCAAAUCCAAUUCUUACCAAAUUCAAUUUUCAGGUGCUAAAAAUUUCCUUAACGUCGUCAGAAGUGACAAUUAAUUCUCCCAUGGCUGUUAACUGUACUGCACAAGAUACAAUAUGGACGAGUGCUAACUUGGGUGGAAGCCCAUAUAGUUUCUCCUCCAUUUACAAUGAUUUUGCUCCUGUAAAUUGUGUAGGGUCUUGUUUUGUCAAUGGUGGGGACAAAGUAGUGGCUCGUUGUGGAUCAGUUUGUAAUAAUCAAAUCAGGGACAAUUCGACAUACCAGAAAUCAAUUUGCUUAUCUCGUCCACCUUAUCCUCUGAGUGUUUACAGUGUUAACAUCACUCAAACUAAUGGGACUUGCAGCUAUGUCUUAUUAGCAAAUAGUGAUUUCUUGAAUAAUCUUGAAUCUCCUCACCUUCAGCAAUCACUUUUUUCCCUAGUCAGCAAUGGAAGUCAUAUACCGGUUAAUCUUGAUUGGUUGUAUUAUUAUUUACCUGAUCAAUCAUCAAAUGAUUCCAGUUCUGACAAUUGUAAUUUGGAUCCAGAUGAUGGUGAUUAUACAUGUAACUGCCCUCAAGGUCAGGGUGGAAAUCCUUAUCUUCCUAACGGAUGCCAAGACUCACCACGAUGUGCAAGCUGCAAUGGUGACUGUUACGUAAAUUCUGAUGAUUAUAUGGAUGUUUGGUGUUAUACUCCUGAAAAGAGCAGGGCACACCUUCUGGGAGUUGUGCUAGGAUUGAGUAUUGGCGUAGGAUCAUUAUUGGUGUCUGUAGGUUGCUAUUGGUUGUGGCAGAUUUUGAAGAGAAGGAAGAGGAUAAAACUAAGAGCUAAGAACUUCAAACAAAAUGGUGGUUUGUUGUUACAAAGACAAAUGUGCUACACUGAUUGUGUUGUGGAGAAAACAAAAGUUUUUACUGUCAGCGAAUUAGAGGUAGCCACAGAUAAUUUCAAUGAGAACAGAAUACUUGGGCAGGGUGGCCAAGGUACAGUUUACAAAGGUAUGCUGACUGAUGGAAGGGUUAUAGCAGUUAAGAAAUCCAAAAAAGUUGAUGAAAGCCAAUUAGAGCCUUUCAUAAACGAGGUAGUUAUCCUCUCUCAAAUUAACCACAGAAAUGUGGUUAAACUUCUAGGGUGCUGUUUGGAAACCGAAGUACCUCUUCUUGUCUACGAGUUCAUCCCAAAUGGAACACUCUCUCAGCAUAUCCAUAACCCAAGUGAAGAGUUUCACAUUCCUUGGAAAAUGCGCUUGCAAAUUGCUGCAGAAUCAGCAGGUGCAAUUGCGUACCUUCAUUCAUCGUCAUCUACACCUAUCUACCACAGAGAUAUUAAGUCUUCAAAUAUACUUUUGGAUGACAAAUACAGAGCAAAGGUUUCCGAUUUUGGCACUUCAAGGACUAUACUGAUUGAUCAGACUCACUUGACUACUCAAGUUCAAGGGACAUUUGGAUAUUUGGAUCCAGAGUAUUUCCAAUCUAACCAAUUCACUGAAAAAAGUGAUGUUUAUAGCUUUGGAGUAGUCCUUGUUGAGCUAUUGACAAGCAAGAAGCCAAUCUCUCCCGACAAAUCUAAAGAAUGGAGAAGUCUGGCCACAGAGUUUCUUCUUUUGGUGGGGAAUUCUUGUUUGUCUGAUAUCCUUGAUCCUGAGGUCUCAAAGGAGGCUAAACAGGAGGAGCUAGAGGCUGUGGCUAAACUGGCUAAAGAAUGCUUGAACUUGAAUGGAAAGCAAAGGCCUACUAUGAAGGAAGUUGCUAUAAUACUCGAGGGGCUGCAAUCACGAAAUGAAACUUCUUCAGUACAGCAGACGUUCCCUGAAUGGAACCAAGCGGUUGCUGAUAUAAGUGUGAUGGACACAGCCCCCUUCAGCUCAAGCACAUUCUCUUCACAGGAGGAAGAUGCAUUGAUUCUUCAUAUAUGAGCAGUGUACCAUGUACGCCAAUCUAGUUUCAUUUCACAAAUUAUUUAAGGAGUAUGAAAUAUUUUGUUAACUAGUUCAAAACUACUAGUUUUACUCUGUGAUUAAAAAGUAAAAUUAUACACAUAUAAUGCUCCGUACAACAGUAAUAUUUUGCAGUUUUUUGAAUUAGUUCUCAAUCAAAUGUCUAAAAUCCAAUUGUUAAUUACUACAACAAUGUACUAACACAAGCCGUUAUUUUGUUAACCAUUUUUGGCGAUUGUUUUCAAUAUAACCACCUAAAAUAAAGUCUGGUUUUUCAGUUA